AGUCAGAUCCGAUGUGUCGCAAAAAGAAGACACGUGACAAAGUGGUGAGACUUCCAAGAGAUGUACCAACAUAUUGGCCGCUUGCCACGAAGCCGUCCGAGUGGCCCAAAUUCCAGUGACCACAGUGGUCAGACUGCUCAGUGCCAAAUGUCCAGAACACAAAGCGCUCGGACUCCUCCAGCUCCGCAAGAUGUCUUCACACUCUGCGGACAGCAAGUCAAGGUCAAGAACACCUUCCUGGAUGACCUCAUCCGUGAGAAGAAUUCCUCGAAUGAAUCCACCCUGGAAGCUCAUACUUGUCCAGAAUUCCGCCGGAGCGAUGUGGCAAGCUCAGGCAGCUCCAGUGGCAAUUCCGGACCGGUGGAGAGUGGCUCAUCCUUCGCAACGCCAGAGAUGGAGGGCCUGGAGGGCAUGGAGGGCAUCGAUCCUGACUCAGAAGACCCGGAGGGCCUCCCUGAGGUCGAAAGCUUUCUGACCUUGACACCUCCCAUCUCUUUGCGUUAUUCUCAAUACCCGCAGACGAUGCCAAUGCCUGCUAUGCCGCCAAUGUCGACCCCUGAUCUACAGAACCUACACGGCUUGGACUUCGAUGCGCAGCUCUUGUGUGCUUUGCAGGCAGUGCCCAAUGCGCCCUGUGGCAGUGUGCCGCCUGUGCUGCCGAACGGGAAUUUCCCUUUCCAUGAAACGCUGCUGAGCGCGCUGCCUGCGCUUCCUGGGGUGCUGCCUGGGGUGCCUGGCAUGCCUGGGAUGCCACUUUUGGCGCCGGUGCUGAGCACCAUGCCCGGAGGGCCCAAAGAGCCGCUGCCUUUCGAUGAUGUGCCUGUUGGCGCGCCCGGCCUCCCGCCUGUGACGGUCCUGACAGAGAUGUCUCCGGCAAGUGAUGACGUCCCCCAGGAGAACCUGGUGGAGGACAAGCAGACGAGGCGGCCUGGUGCAAAGAAGAAACCUGCCCCGAAAAUUUGGUGCCACUUCUACCUUGAGCCACAGAUGCUUCGUACCGGCUUCGACGUGAAUAAGAAAAUCAUUGGACAUGGGGGCACCAACACCAAGCGCAUUUUCGAGAAGACAGGCGCGAAGAUCCGAUUGCGCGGGCGUGGCAGUGGACACAAUGAGGGAGAUCGCGGGGAGGCACCAGUGCCAUUGAUGCUGGCAGUCACGUCAGACACCAAAAAUGUUGAGAACUUCGUGAAAGCGGUGGAACUCUCUGUGCAGCUGCUGCAGACAGUGACGAGCAAGUUUCCGGAAUUCUGUAGAUCUCAUGGCAAGGUUUGGCUUUUUAAACCGCACAUCCUUCGCCAGGGACUGCGCUUGUUCCUCAGCCUCUGUUUUGGAUUGGAGAGCUUUCUCAAGAUGCGGUCGCACGCCUGCAACCCGUCUCAGUGAGCUAAAUUGAGGCGAAGUGCAAGGUGGUGAUGCUAUGAUGAAGCUGUGACUCUAUUUUUGGACGUACGGGGUGGCUAUGCUCCACAAUCCAGUUGUACCUUGCUACCAUUUGCGAUACCUGCAGACUGUUCAGGUUUGAGACCGUUGAAGUUGACUUGUCUUGAUCUGCUCGAAGCGGCGCGAAGCGGAAGCCAGGAGUCCCAGGUGAUCAUCGGCGAGACAGAGGUCAUCAUGUCCCUGGAGGGCCGAAGUGUCACGCCGGGGUUGAGAUGGUGACGCAAGCGCAAGGAGGCUACUAGGGGAACAAGGACGCUCUUAGGUGGCCUCUUAGGUGGAGGCCAUCGCAAGGAGGCCAUCGUGUGUGACACAGUGUGAGGUGCGGAGUCGGUGAAGCCUCCUGAAGGGAGACGCUGUGGAGGUGUGUGAGAUUUGGUAUCUCCAUUUUUUCCGAAGAAGUCCAUCACUGGCAACAUUUUAUGCAACUAUGAGGGAAUCUGAUGGGCACGACGAGCUAUUGGAAUGCCAGAGAACGGGGUCAGCAUGUCUCCUUGUG